AUGUUUCGGCUAUUGCGAGUUCCAGGAGGCUUUUUGAGGCCCGCUCGUUGUCGCUACAUAACGAAUGCAGCACCAAAACACCAGCUUCCGUCUGAGAAAGAGGCGAGAAGAUCGCCGUUGGGCAAGAAAACCACCGCGUUUCUAGAUCGGACCCAGCUCAAGAUAAUGGCGGUUUUACAACGAGUGAACGACGUUUCUGGGUACAGCGAAAUCGAGAAACUGAAAAGACGAAUUGCCGAGGCGGAAGAGAAUGCUAAGAAAAGUCGAGAGCUCCGGGAAUCUGCCAAUGCAGCCUAUCAGCGAGCGGUGACGGAGCGGUCAGCGAGCCAGCGGGAAGUGAACGAGCUGUUACAACGAAAACACGACUGGAGCUCGCAAGACUUAGAACGGUUCACGCAAUUGUUUCGCGAGGAUCAUCUAGUGGAGCAGCGGGUUCAGCAAACGAAAGCCGCCAGUCUGGAGAGCGAGGCUCACUAUGAUGCCUGCCAAGCCCAACUCCACCAGCUGAUCAGUUUAAGAUACCGUGAGGAACAAAUAUGGAGUGAUAAAAUUCGACAGGUAUCCACAUGGGGCACCGUGCUACUUAUGGCUUUUAACGUCUUACUAUUUCUUGUUGUGCAGUUGGGUCUGGAGCCUUGGAAGCGACGCAGGUUGGUAGGGUCCUUUGAAGAGAAGGUACUGUCUGCGCUUGAUGCUCGGCUCCCCGCCGAGGCAGCCGACCCCGUUCAGCCUGAGGAAGUGGAAGAGCCUGUCAUUCAGCCUGCCAUUGAGCCUCCUCAGCCCCCGCAAACACUAUGGCAGAGACUGCAAGCUCCUGUUGUCGUGUUGCAACCCUUCGAACUAACUGCUUUGUUAUCCUCCGCACUGGCUCUGGGAGUAAGCGUGCCUUCGCUCAAAACAAAGCCGUCGCGAUUUGGCAGAGGCGGUGGAGCGACCAGCCAGAGCAACGGCUCGUGCGUAGGCGUGCUGAGCAACCUGCUCAACUGCUGGGCGUCCUAUGCAGAGGGUGCUUCUCAGUGCGUGGCCUUGGAGCAGGCCGUCAAGGAUUGCAUGCUGAACCGCAAGCACGGCCGCAAAACCACCGACAGCAUGGGCCGCGAUUCUGCCCGACUGCUGCCCAAGAUCAACCCCAAAGCCCACGAUUAG